CCCCAGUGCCUCUCGCCCGGUGAAGAGAUCCCCGACUCGCAUAAUAACCGCUGCGUCCCCGAGAAAUGGGGGAAUCUUUGGAUCACGGUGCCGCAUGUUUGUAGGCCAUCUCGGUCACUUGAGCACGAGCCAAGAACGGGCGCUCGAAGCCUUCAAGACUAUUCUCGCGGAUGCCAAACUCUAUGACCCUGCAAACCCCAAACUCGAUGAUCCGACAUUGCUACGAUUCCUCCGAGCACGCAGCUGGGACCCUAAAGCGGCUUUAAAGCAGUUUUCGGACGCCAGGAGUGGAGAAAGCAGCACGAUGUCGACAAUCUCUUCUCUUCAUUCGAUACUGCCGAAUUGAGGACACAGACAGAAUUUUUAUCCGCGCUGGACGGGGAGGCGAGACAAGAGUGGCUUGCCAAUAUACGUAUACCACCUUUCAUCUAUGAAUUCAGGGGUCCAGAAGGAACUCAACGCGGUUGCUCCUGAGCGCCGUUACCAACGCAUUGUUGUUCUUUAUGAAUGCAUGGUGGGGUUUAUACUGCCCCUAUGCAGUGCGCUCCCGCACGGAACAGACACUCCAAUCACUUGCGUAAUGACCAUCAUCGACUUGAGCCAGGUCUCACUGGGAUCCAUGUGGAGUUUGCGCAGUCAUCUGGCCGAGUCGUCAAAGCUUGCGACAGCGAACUAUCCAGAGACGUUUGGUACCAUUGCAGUUGUCAAUGCGCCCUCGUUCUUCCCGACCAUCUGGAAUUGGAUCAAGGGCUGGUUCGACCCGGGAACCCGCAACAAGAUCCAUAUCCUGGGCAAAGAUCCAAGCGAAACCCUGCUGCAGCUUAUCGAUGCGCAGAAUCUCCCCAAGCAGUACGGUGGCUCGCUGGAAUGGGAUUUUUCAUGCGAUCCAAACCUGGACGAAGCUGAGAUCGCCCUCGUCGGAGAGAUGCCCAAGGGACCGACUGUUUUUGUAGAUGUGUUGUCACUAGACCGUAAAGUAGCGAGAAGUAUCAUCAUGUAGAACUCAUUGGGACAGUAUCUCGCUUCGGGAUGACGUCCUGAUCACAUUCUCAAACCAUCAUUUGACCAUGUAUCCCUGGCACGCUCUG